CCGCCUCGUUCAUUGUUCAUCUUCCAAGCCACUUGAUCAAUGGAACGCCAAAGCACCAAGCGACCAAGAGAAUCAUCAGCCGAACAAUCUUCGCUGCUGGAGAUCGGUAAUGGAAAGAAGCAGCGUCUCCACGGCGGCAGUGACGACGCCAAGGAACCUCUUCCUAGAACAUUCUAUGAUUUCGAUCUGUCGUUCGGCGUCUUCGAUUUCCCCUGGUUGAAGGAGAGCCUGAUUUAUUCCGAAUCCGAGGACUGGAAAUUGGACGAUGUUUUCUUCACCUCCUUUUACAAUGGAUUAUCCACCGCCGAUGCUACUUCGAUUGGGACGGAGUUGUCGUCGGGGCAAUUGGUUUGGAGUAAUCUGCCGGAUCCUUGGGAGGCGGAAUACGAGGCACAAGUGCCGCCGACGACGCUGGACGACGGCGGAGGAGGACAGGCGGGGGAGGGGAUGGAUUGUAUCUGGAGCUCUCUGCUAAAUCAACCGCUUCAACAAGGGAGUAGAGCGUUGUAGAAUUGGGCGUAAUGAAGUUCGUGUUCUCUCCCAGAGCCAUCGGCGGCUCCUUCCAACCACUUGGAUCCAAUAAAAUUAAAAUUCUCCUGUUUGAUGGAAA